AUAUUUUUGUCUGAAUGCAGAAUUAAAUGAAAUAACCUUAUUUUGUUGUUUUUCGAGAGUAUAGAGAUAAUGGAGUAAAUGAAAUGGGUGUUGUUCUUAAACCGAGGUUUCAAAUCUUUCAAUUCCCAUUCUAUCAUCACCUCCCAAGGGCGGGACUCAUUUCCUUCUUCUCCUCUUUACAACUUACAGACAACAACAACAACAAGCCUAAUUAAUUUAACAGCUUCAAUAUUUUUUUGGACAAGAGUAAGUAAAACAUCAUAUCUUUCUCUUAAAUUGUUAAUUCCAAAGUUCCAUUUUAUGAAAAGUCAUUGUUUUUCCUUAUUUUGAUCGGUUUUCCUAAUCUGGGUUUGGAUUCAUUAGAUUCAUCAAUUAGGUUUUGUGGGCCUUCUUUGUUUUGAUGUUAUUAUUUGCUGGUUCAAGGAUUUUUGAGUUAGGGCAUUGUUUCAUUUGUUUUAUAUAGUGACUGAGUUUAGAAAAUUUUAUGGAGUUUUGAGAGGGUUGUUGCAGCAGAUGCUGGUGCUGGAUUAGCUAAGCAUUGGAAAAAAAAAUCACAGGAGACAGAGGAAUGUUCUGGGGAUGUCAUUGCUGCUGGGAAAUCUAGUUCACACCCAGUACUGGAACAGGUAAGUAAUAAGACUUGUCCUUUCCGAAGAUUUGGGCGUAAACGAAUUGAAGAAGAGGCUUCUGCAAGUAGACAUGAAGUAUUGGGUAGAUUGGAUGAGAAGGUUUUAGAAAUGACAAGGGGGUGUGAUUCAGAAAUGGCAUCUACUAGUGGAUUUGAUGAUGAAAUGCUGGGGAAUUAUGGACUUGAUGGUUACAAUAUACUUUCGCUAUCGAGUUUGGCGCCUGGUAUUUCAAAUAAAAUGAAUGAUCAAGAUAAAGGGAAAAUGAUUCAGGUAAGUAACGAGGGGGAUGGUGAAUCCGGUGACAGACCACCUUCGAAUUGCAGAGGAGGAAUGGGUUCUUUUCAGUCGUAUGCGAAAAGUGGAAGCUCUCUUAGAAGCAGACGUGCUCGUGGGUUUUCUGCUAAACCAUUAAGUUCUUUAGAAAGUUGUCUUGUAGCUCAGCUUUAUAAGGAACACGUUGAAAUGGAAGAAUAUGUUUUUAGUACAUUCCCAUCUCCUUCGAGACAAACUGUGAGGCCACUUGUUGUUACUGAUGGAACCCGGGUAAUUAGUAGGGCGAGCAGCGAUUCUUACAGUGCACAUUUGGAUAGUGGAAAAAGUAUGUUGCAUAAUGGUUUUGAUGUUAAUCGAAAGGAUGUAGUAGUAGGGGUUCCACCUCUUCCACAGAUAGGUCCAUUGGAAAUUAAACAAAAAAGAGCAAAGGGGCGAGUUGGAAAGUUAAGCAGUUGCAAAACAAAGGUGAUGGGAAAAAAUUUCAUGUCACAAGUGUCGUCGGGAUCAGCCAAUGGGAUGUUUCUUUUCUGCCUUGGAAUAACUGUUGGGGUGAUGUCUACCGUGGUAGCAAAUAAAAGAGAAGUUGACAAGUUACAUGGGCUGUUAAAGCAGACUGAGAACUUGGUUCAAGAUCUACAGGAAGAGCUCGAGAUGAAAGAUUCACUUACAGUGAAGGAACUACCUAAUGAGGAUGAUGAAUCCCAAGAAACCAAUGAUCAUUCCUUCCAUAAUGUGGGUAUGACAUCAUUCUCUUCUGAGCUGUCAUCCUUGAAUUAUGGUGAUAAAAGAUCAGAUACUCAGAAACUUGAGCUAGAGGAAAACUCAGAAAUGAUGAAAAUUGAAGCAGAGCUUGAAGCUGAAUUAGAAAGGUUGGAACUAAACAUGCAAGCAACUAGUUUGGAAGGAAGACUGUAUGGUCUCGACGAGCUUGAUCCAGACUUAGUCGGCAACAUCGUUCAAGGGGAAUUGAGACCUGACAUGGUGAAAGGGGGUGCUGAUUUCCGAGCUGACUCAGAUAAGGACGCAAGUGGAACGUCUACCACUCAGACUGAAAAUGUGAACUACGCCGUGUCACCUAGAGCACUGAGCUUGCGAUUGCAUGAAGUUAUCCAAUCAAGACUAGAAGGAAGAAUUGAGGAACUCGAAUCUGAACUCCAAAAUAGCCAGAAAAGAGUAACCCUGAUGGAAUAUAAGCAGCAGCGGAACCUUCAGAGAAACUACUCAAAUGGUGGACCAAGGUCUUCAUCUCAGGAGAGUCUUACUGUAGAUGAAGAUAACUCGAUUGCACAACCGUUAGUUCUAAAUCUGUCUGGCGAUGCUCUGGAUUCUUACAAUGAGACGUAUGAGGAACUUUUGGGGGUAACACUUACAGAUGAAGAGGAGGAACAUACUCCAUCAACAGUGCGUCAUGGAAACCAAAUUAAUAAUGGAAGAUUACACUGGGAACGAAAUCUCUUUCCAAAUUGGAAUGGAACCACAGAGAAUGGGUCCUUUCAGCCAGUUAAAGUGAUCAAAGAAAGGUACCCUACGCCGAUGUCCUCAUUUAGUGAUAAGAGAAAGACAUUGGAGAGGUUCUCAAAUGAAGUUGGGGAGUUUGAGGAAGAAAAUGGAGAUGACGACUACGAUGAUGACGAUGGGGAUGAGAUGGGAAGGUUACUGAUACAAAAGAUUGUGGAGAAAACCAAGAAAGGUUCUCCUUUAGUUUUGAAUGCUCAAAAAUUGUUGUUUUCACUGGACGAUAAGGUAUAGUUAAAAAGGCUCAUUUAUUCAUUUUUGAGUUGUACAGAUUACACUUGACAGAAAAUAUGUUUUUCAUUUUUGUUCUGCCACUAAUUAUUUGCGUAAGCGCAAGAUACAGAAUUACCCAUUGAUUGUUGUAUGCA